AUGUCUAAUUCGACGGCCCAAGUGUUAAUGAAGAAGGGUAAACGGGGUGCAGCGGCGUAUAUACAUGCGGAUUGCGCCAGUGGGUCGCCACAGCACCUAGGACCACUUCUAGACGUGCUGCUGAACCCCAGCAAAGCUAUCGACGAAUGGGAAACGAUAGAUUGGUGUCGAUGGCUGUUGGCAGGAGGAAGAACACCCGACGAGUUCGCAGCCGUUGUGCGCAGCUACGACAAGCACGACAAGUGCGGCCUGGUGUGGAUCCCGCGCGUGGUGGCGUACCGGUGCCGCACGUGCGGCAUAUCGCCGUGCAUGUCAAUAUGCCGGGACUGCUUCCACCGCGGCGACCACACCAACCACGACUUCAACAUGUUCCUGUCGCAGGCGGGCGGCGCGUGUGACUGCGGCGACGACUCCGUCAUGAAGGAGGACGGGUUCUGCAGCAACCACGGCAACAAAUGCCACAGGACUGGCGCCGCGCCCGCGGAGCUCAUGUGCGUUGCGGAGGCGAUGAUGCCCCGGCUGAUACUGCGCCUGCUGCAACACUUCAGGGAGAACAGCUGGGGCCCGCAGACCACAUCGGACAGCUACCGUAUAGCGGUGCAAGAGUGCGAGGGCUACGUCCAGAUGCUGAUGGAGUUCAACAACAUGGGCGAUCUGAUGCGCUCCGCCAUGACUAAGGCCCUCAUCAAUCCACAGAUGUACCGCAACCUGGUGGAGCCACCCUUCCCGGACACGGAAUACGGCCGCUACAUGGCCGAGUCGAACAAGGAGUACGAGAAGGCCAUCGAGUCCUUCCCGGCGCCGGAGCCUCCAGACGAGUAUCGGCAGCUGCCCGCGUUGGCGCCCCGCCUCCACCACAACACGCUGCUGGACGAGUUCAUCUUCUGGACGUUCAAGUACGAGUUCCCGCAGAACGUGGUCUGCUUCCUGCUGAACAUGCUGCCCGAUCAGGACUAUAAGGAGCACCUGACGCGCACGUUCGUGAUGCACUACGCGCGCAUCCCGCUGGUGCUGGAGGGCGCCGCCGACCCGGACACGCUGUCCAACCGCGUGGUGCACAUGUCCGUGCAGCUGUUCUCCAACGAGGCGCUGGCGCUGCGCUGCGUGCAGCAGCUGCACCUGCUGCACGUGAUGGUGCUCUCGCUGCGGCUCAUGAUGGGCCGGAUCCUGGUGCGCAACUCGCUGCACGACGCGCAGGCGAACGCGCACCGCGUCAUCGACUGCACGCGCCGCGUCAUGAAGGAGCACUGCUACUGGCCCCUCGUCUCCGACUUCAACAACGUGCUCAGCCACAAGAGCGUGGCGCUGCUCUUCCUGCAGGACGACGCGCUCGUCGACAUGUGGUUCGAGUUCCUCUCGAUGCUACAGGGCAUGAACGUGAACGUGCGCGAGACGGGCGGGCACAUCGAGUUCGAGCCGUCGUCGUACUACGCGGCGUUCUCGUGCGAGCUGGAGGCGGCGGCGUACCCGAUGUGGUCGGUGCUCGGCCACCUGUCGGAGCCGGCGCACGCGCCGCUGGCGCGCCGCAUGGUGGCCGCCGCGCUCGCCUACCUGCGCGACUGGCUGCACGCCGUCGGCUGCGCCGCGCCCCACGUGCGCCGGACGGAGGCGAUGCACGCGUCGUUCCACUUCCCGCUGCACCGCUACCUGGCGGCGUUCCUGUGCGCCGGCGUGCGCUGCCUCGGGCUGCGCGCCGCAGAGCUGCUGCCCUCGCAGGACCUGCUGGCGCUGCUCGCCGUGCACCCGCUGCGCGUCCAGGUACGUGCACGCACACACCCGCACGCGCGAAUACGCACGCACGUGCACGCGUGCUUAUCAAUGCUACGGUCUUCGCUGCUUUGUUUGCAUUAUGCAUCGUUUAGGUUUCAAAUAAUGGAU